GAGGCGGUUGCCUUCAGGGCAUCAACCAAUGUCUGAACUGUAUUUUCUGACGCUUGUCUCGUGAACUGGCACUAGCUUAUCACGCUUGGUACCAACGCCAAUAUCAGCAACUUUUGCGGGCAAUCUUUUCGUAUUUCUGCUCGAAUUACUUACUGCUUAAGCUCAAUUGGACCCACUACGUUUCUUUUACGUACCUGACUACUCAGAAAAACGGUCUGCCUGAAACGCCUGUUCAGCUGUCUAGGAUCAUUGCAUCUGUUGGGCGGGACGGGCUACGAUCUGGGUAUACCCCAGUUGCAAAUCAUCAAAAAUGCUUAACCAUAACACGGCAAGUCGAGAUACGGAUGUUCAAGAUGUACGACCCAGUGGAGAUCUCGUGUCUAUUUUCCGCAUCCAUUGUCUAAGGCUGAGGCAACUAAGACGGCGGUAAUUCCGCCACACCAGGCACACCAGGCACACCCAAUAUCCCUACCACAACAUCCUCACAUCAUGGGCCGGUGAAGUUUGACGUCUUCUCUCUGAUAGGGCAAUAUACUUUUACGAAUUGCACUUUUUGGUGUGCUGACCGUCAUCAUGGCUUGCAGCUGUCCUGGUGCAUGUAAGGCCUCGCCAUGUCGUCCUCUCUCACCAAACUCUGGUCCUCAAUAUGACUACAACACCUCUUAUGGAUAUGGGACUCAGCCAUGCAGGCUUAGUCCAUGAUAACCGAGAGUAGUCAAGGUUGACCCGUAUGCGAUCGCCCAUUUCUCGCAGAUGAGGCUUGAUCCCGCGGGUCUUCGGCACAUGCCUUGUCCUAAGAUAGUGGUUCCUUCUGCAGUGGCUGUCGAUGGACUGAGCUCAUCAACACGCCCCUCUUGGCUAUAUAGACCAGUGUUGGUUCCUGUGAGAAGAUGGCACAUCUCAGCACCCUACCUCCAUAGAGACUCCUCGCUAUUCAAGCCCUCUGUGCAAUAUGGGUAAUACCAACAGCAGUCCAUUCAAUCUCGGGGACCUGGGACAAUUGUCCCAGUUGCAGACUAAUGGAGAGUCCUCGUACGGCACGUUUGAUGCACCUGACCUGCCAACUUUCCUCGCUGAUAACCCUACUCCUAAUGGCUAUCCUUGGAGUACCAUGAAUUCCCAAACCAAUUACUAUCAGGACCAACCAAAUACUGGAGUCAUUAGGAGGUACGACUUCACUGUCAGUCGGGGGAUGAUCGCCCCCGACGGCUAUGAGCUGUCCACAAUCCUCGUGAACGGGCAAUUUCCUGCGCCUCUGAUUGAAGCAAACUGGGGUGACACCAUCCAAGUCACUGUUCAUAACGACAUGGACGAUGAGGGUGUUUCUUUGCAUUGGCAUGGUAUCCUUCAGAAGGGAAUGCCCUGGGAAGAUGGCGUUCCGGGUGUAACCCAAUGCCCGAUCCCACCUAAAAAGAGUUUCACUUAUCAGUUUCUGGCCGACCUGUAUGGAACAAGUUGGUACCACUCUCAUUAUUCCGCCCAAGUUGCUGCUGGUUUAUUCGGUCCAUUGGUCAUAUAUGGACCACGAGAAAAGAAAGACUACGACAUCGAUAUUGGGCCUGUUAUGUUGAGUGAUUGGUACCACAAAGAGUAUUUCGACCUUGUUGAGGAGAUAAUGAAACCCGGCGGCAAUGGGGUUGUUCUUUCUGACAGCAAUCUUAUCAACGGAAAGAUGAACUUCAACUGCUCCAGUGUGGCACCGGGAGACAAGACGCCCUGCAAAAGCAAUGCUGGUAUCUCCAAAUUUCGUUUCAAGCGCGGUAAAGUCCACCGCUUACGCCUCAUCAACCCAAGCGCUGAAGCCAUACAACGAUUUUCUAUUGAUGGUCACACAAUGAAGGUCAUUGCGAAUGACUUUGUUCCAGUACAGCCGUAUGAUACCAAAGUUGUAACUCUUGGAGUUGGCCAACGCACAGAUGUACUGGUCAGAGCUGAUGGCAAAUUGGACUCAUACUGGAUGCGCAGCAACAUUUCUGCCAUCUGUAGUCUGGGUCGUGCCCCAGCUGCUCUUGCGGCAAUUUACUACGAUAAUACAAAUCAGAAAAAAGCACCCAGAUCACAGGCUUGGGACAUCCCCGAUCCAGGGACUUGCGCCAAUGAUGAUUUGAGUAUAACAAAGCCUGUGAUGAAGCUGCCUUUACCUCCAGCUGACAAGACUAUUGAGCUUGAUAUUAGCUCAUUCAAAAACGCAAGCAAUGUCACGCUUUGGACACUGGGAGGAGUGGCUGCAAGGAUAAACUACAAUAGUCCAACUCUGCUCCUCAGCAAGCUUGGCAAUCACACAUUCGAGCCUGAAUGGAAUGUGAUAAAUACUGGAAAGGCAAAGAGUGUAAGGGUGGUUGUCAAUAACAAGACUCCCGUGGCACAUCCAAUGCACUUACACGGCUUCAACAUGUACGUCCUACAUGAGGGGCCAGGUUCCUGGGAUGGAACAAUCAUAAACAGACACAAUCCACAGCGUCGCGAUGUCGUUCAGAUUCGGGGCAAUGGUCAUCUUGUAAUACAGUUCGAUGCCGGAGAAAACCCGGGUGUAUGGCCGUUCCAUUGUCACAUCGCGUGGCACGUCUCGGCAGGAUUUCUCACGCAGUUUCUCACAAAUCCAGAUCAAGUCAAGAAACUACGUGUACCGAACGUGGUGGCUGAGACGUGUCGGCAGUGGGGACACUGGACACUUUCAAAUAUCCCGGCACAGAUCGACAGUGGACUGUAAGCAAAUGUGAUCCUGGGGUGUCUUCUCUUCGUUCCUUGUCAUUAUUUCGUAAAGUUGGUGUCAGUCUGUAUGAUGAGCAUGAUGUGAUAUGAGAUCAGGGCCAGUCUGAUUCAAGGUAUAUUCUCCUAUAUACGGAUACUCUAUAGCAAAAGCUACAGCAUAUGUCAAGUAACAUGGAACUUAGUAGCAUGGUAAUGAUAAACCAAUUCUUUCA